CAGCCGGCGAAACCCAACUGCCGCGACGUCGUCUCCGGUGAACCAACGAGCUCCGAUGAACUCGUGAUCCAACCACCCACGUCGAAAAUAAGACGACCAGCAAGCUCCAAACUCAAGCAACACAUUACAACAGACAAUGAGGUAUUUGAAGCCAUCCAACUUGUUUCAUGAAUUACUGAAGUCAAAUGCACUUGCAAGUGGCCGUAUUCUUGGGUUGGAUGUGGGUGAUAAGUACGUUGGUCUAGCUGUUUCGGACACAACAAAUAAAGUUGCAUCACCUCUCGCUGUUCUCCUCCGCAAGAAAACAAAUAUUGACUUGAUGGCCAAAGAUUUACAGGGUCUGGUUUCUGAACUCAACUUGGGGGCCUUUGUUUUCGGCUAUCCAUUUGAUAGACAAAAAAUUAGUCGAGAUGCUGUGCAGGUGAAGUUAUUCAUUGACGACCUUUGUCGGACAGGGGAACUUAGAGGUGUAAACUACACCUUUAGGGAUGAAUGCUUCACAUCUAAGAAUGUCGAGUUCUUACUACAAGAUUUAAAGUUUCACCCAACACAGUCGAAGACCAUGUUAGACAAAUUUGCAGCAGUUGGAAUACUUCAGGGGUACCUCGACUUUGUUAACAGGAAACACGCCUGAGAAGACUCCUAUUAGCUUGGUGCCUAACUCAACCUAUGUCUUAUUAAGUUAAUUUCUUCGAAAAAUGGACAUGUAUCUAACAUUAUAUGUUCAUAUACUAAACAUUGAAGCUAGGAGUAGUAUGUGUCGCUGUAGUUUGUUGGUUCAGUGUAUUUUGUUACUCUCUAUGUUUACCCCAUGUAUAAAUUGUCACGUUGUAUUCAAGGACAAGACUGUAAUGUUAUGGACCACAGUUUGGGGUUCUUUGUUGGUCAGAUCUUUUGACAUCUUGACCACAUUUUCAUCAA